GCAUCGCUGCUGUGGCUCCUUACAAGUCCGGUCUGAGGGCAGCCACUGGCAGUUGCGUCUUCCACCCGUGGCCACCGCGCGUAAGGAUCGAUGGUCGCGCGAAAGCCACUCGGAAGGAAAUGGAAGGAAGUCUAUAAAAAGCAGAUCACUCGAUCGAGUGCCUCAGUUCGGUUCGGUCACAGCGGUAGUGAAGUGAGAUCACAGGUUCAGUCGGUGGUUGUGCGUAGCCUAAAUCUAGUUGCUUGCAAAAGCGUGGUUGUAAUAAGUUCAUGUAAGUUUUUGCGGUCGACAAGAAUUCUAAGGAGCAGCUAGUGUUGAAAAUGCUCUUACAGGUGCUGGUGCCAUGUCUGGCGCUGCUGCAGCUAAGCGCCGCAGGCUACGUGACAGUUCCGCUGCACAGUCCCGCCAGUGUGACGUAUGUGAACCCGCAGCAGCACGUCGGAUUAUUGGCCGGUCCGGUCCGAUAUACAUCUGGGGCACAGCAACCUACCGCCACCCUGGUUGAGGAACGCUCGGGAGCAGUAUCGGUGACGCCAGGACCAGCCCCAACCUACUACUCCUACAACGUACAACCGCAACCCGUGUUCGGCAAGGAUAGCUACACACCGGCCGUCCAGUAUCAUCACACCACGUACGGAAGUCCUUCGGUGCGUGUCUUCGAACCGAAAUCGUUUGUCUACGGCUUCCAGGGUGCAAGCGUUCCAACGACUCACACCGUACAGUCCGUUCCUGUCUCAGUUUCCACGACCCAGUACCAUCACACAUCCGCACCCAUCCCCGUGCCAGUGACUCCGGUUCCACAGCAUCAUCAUGUCGCAGUACCCGUACCGACACCUGUCCCGGUGCACGUUCCCGUCCACGUCCCAGUUGCAGUCCCGGUAACGCCAACGUACACGAAAACCGUCACCACCGGUCCGACCUACAUUCCGCCACAGGAGAAACAAAUCCCGGUGGUGCGAUCGCGCAAGUUUAAGGUGCGUCGUCCUGCCAUCCAGAACCAGUUCUACGAUAUCGAGGAGCGUGUCAUCAUCCGUCCAGUUGGGUCUGCGUUGGUUGAGCUAGAGCAACCGAUUUCGCAGACGGAAACACAGACCAAGACCACCAAAACGACGACCACGUUCGUGGAGAAACGUCCGGUGUACAGCACGCCAGCGCCUGAAGUUCACUUCUCGGAAGAAGGCGCCUAUGGCACGCGCACCGUUGGCACUACGAUCGUUGAGAAGCGUCCGGUGUACAGUACGCCAGCGCCUGAGGUUCACAUCUCCCAAGAAGGAUCCUAUGGCACGCGUACCGUUGGCACUACGAUCGUUGAGAAGCGUCCGGUGUAUAGUACGCCAGCGCCUGAAGUUCACAUCUCGGAAGAAGGCGGCUAUGGCACGCGUACCGUCGGAAGGCCUCAGGUAGUUACACAAACUACCACGGUUUAUACGGAACGACCUCCACUGAAGGGUGGCUACGAUCGGAUCGAGGUAGCUGCACAGUCCAAGAAGUUGGCUGCUUCCACCAGCAAGGCAUCGGAUGCGGAGUUUAUCGACACGCAGCAAGUCAACACCCAGACGCAGAGACCUUACUUCACGCAGGGCCAUGCCAUCUACCAUGGCCAUCAGCAAACGGCCUUCGUUAAUCCCUACGCAACACACCUUGCGCCCCAUCCGUUCGUGUACCACCCAGCCAAUGCCGGACAUCUGCUGCACCAUGUAGCGUACGUUGGUCAGCACUCCCCAGCGCUGGUAGCUACGCAUCCUUCCACAGCAGCUCAUCCUGCCUCGGUGUUCCACAUUCCUUCGUCAACUCCACUGUACCCGGUAGCACCAGCCGUUGGAGCAGACUGCGAUCAUGAUGGAAAUGGAAAAGCUCCCGAAUAUCUUCCUCCCGCUGGGCAGACACCGUCCUCUACUACGCCAUCCCAACCACCCGUAGCUACAACGACUCCGAAACCACCGACUAGCGUAACACCUGGCUCUUACCCAGCGGACGACAUGCUAGACGAUGAGUACGACGAUUCGAUCGUGAUCGAUGCUCGUAGCGGUGCGAACAACUACUCGGACUACUCAUCCACCGAUUCGGAAUACGCAGACGCUACUGUAACGGCUGCCACCACCACUGCCAACACCCCAAUCGUCUACCAUCACGACAAGUACCGUGGUGCUGAGCAAACGCAGACACGACUCGGAGGAUCGUCCUCGAUCGAGGUAAGCUAUGCCACACGUACCACACCAGCCAGUGACAUCGUCGCGUUCGACCCAUCCACCGCAUCGGGUACGUUCGAUUUUGGUCCAUCGUACCGUGGUUCGUUCCCCACCACUACUUUCCCACCAAGUCCCACCACCAUCCAACCACCAACCACGAUCGGCUCCUCCAGCUCAACCUCCAGCAGCAGCAGCACCACUCCGCAGCGUUCCGUCACGGUUAUCUCCUCGACUACGCCACGCACCGUCUCGGCGCGGUUCAGUGAAACGGAUGCGUCCUCGACCCGCACAUCGGACCAAUCGGAAUAUUCGUCUCGCAGUACCUCCGGCAUUACCUCGCAAUCGGUCGUCGUUGGGCAGGGCCUGACACAGGAACAGAUCCACGCUAAUCAGGAACAAUUUAUCAAGCUCCUGUCCGAGCGGGAUUCGAUCGCGCAGGUUGGUUUCGGACCGAAGGGAGACACCUCGGGCACGUUGAUCGAUGCGUACGUUCGUAGCCGUGUGCUGUCCGCUACACCGGCACCCAGGGAUUCGAAGGAAACUUCGCGCACCGUUAACAUCCGGCGCAUCGUUGUAUCGCGUCCCGUCGAAACGGAACAGGAGGUUGAGGUGCGCGAACAGUCGUAUGCGACCACCAUUGCUCCGCCGUCGUACGAGCACAAGCGUGAUGUUAGCGAAGUUACGCCAGCGGAGGGUGCUGAGCGUCAGCUGCCACCGGUGUACGUCAACGCUAAGCCGCCAGCAUUCGCCAAUGAUCGAGAUCAGUAGAUUAAGGGAAGUACGAUUAAUUCCUAAAUUCCACACGAGGCAAUACCAAUCCAUUCUCUUAACCGCAUGAAACGAAACAGACGGUUCUACCGGUUAUGUGCUGCUUUUGUUAUACCUAUCGAUUUGUUCAGUAUGUUUUAAAUAAAUAUUUAUUUUA